AUGCCUCCAACGAAAACUUCUGCACAGUUACCAAAAGGGUGGCCCUCGGGUACAGUGUAUUUACACUCACCGGCUCUGUCAAAGAAGCUGGGUGUGGACAACAUUAACAGACUGAUCCUCAACAAGUCAGAUCUACGAGCUGACACUCAAGUUUUCAAGACCAGCGGGCCUUACAGUAAUGUGAGAAUCACGCCGGUAACAGAUGGUUCGCACCCCGCUCAUGGUCAGCAUGCUCUGUACACGACGCAGCACCUGGCGCCAGAUACCUUCAUCCUACCAUACCUAGGAUAUGUGCAUGAUCAGACAGACCUGGACGAAGCUUCCGAUUAUGACCUCUCUCUCGAUCGCGAGUUUGGCAUAGGCGUGGACGCUUCAAAGAUGGGCAACGAAGCAAGAUUCAUCAACGACUACCGCGGCGUCUCUACAGCACCGAAUGCCGAAUUUCGUGACAUUUAUGUCGAGGUCCCAGCCGGUAAGGUGGAGAAACGAGUCGGAGUCUUUGUGUUGAGCGCAGGUAAGAGUGGCAAGAGAGCCAAAGGCAUCGGUCGUGGCCAGGAGAUCUUGAUAUCCUACGGCAAGGGAUUCUGGACAGAACGUCAGUCUGCGCAGCAAUGA